AUGGCGGAUGAGAACAGCAAUGCGGGCGGGGACCCAAGCCCCCCACCUGCCCCGGUCAGGCGCCGCUCAUCAGCCAAUUACCGUGCCUAUGCCACCGAGCCACAUGCCAAGAAAAAGUCCAAGAUAUCGGCCUCAAGAAAACUGCAGUUGAAGAUGCUGAUGCUGCAGAUUGCAAAGCAGGAGCUGGAGCAAGAGGCAGAGGAGCGGCGAGGGGAGAAGGGGCGGGCCUUGACCACCCGGUGCCAGCCUCUGGAGCUGGCCGGGCUUGGCUUUGCGGAGCUGCAGGACUUGUGCCGACAGCUCCACGCACGUGUGGACAAGGUGGAUGAAGAGAGAUAUGAUGUAGAGGCAAAAGUUACCAAGAACAUCACGGAGAUCGCAGAUCUGACCCAGAAGAUCUACGACCUUCGCGGCAAGUUUAAGAGACCCACGCUCCGGAGGGUGCGCAUCUCUGCGGAUGCCAUGAUGCAGGCGCUGCUGGGGACCCGUGCCAAGGAGUCCUUGGACCUGCGGGCCCACCUGAAGCAGGUGAAGAAGGAGGACACUGAGAAGGAAAACCGUGAGGUGGGAGACUGGCGCAAGAACAUCGAUGCCCUGAGCGGCAUGGAGGGCCGCAAGAAGAAAUUCGAGGGCUGAGCCCACCUGGCACUGUAAGCCCUGAGGGGGGGGGCCUUGAGUAAUAAAGAUGCUGCUCUGUGC